AUGAACUAUACUCAGAUGAACUAUACUCAGAAGAGCUAUACUCAGAUGAACUAUACUCAGAUGAACUAUACUCAGAUGAACUAUACUCAGAUGAACUAUACUCCGAUGAACUAUACUCAGAUGAACUAUACUCUGAUGAACUAUACUCAGAUGAACUAUACUCAGAUGAAUUAUACUCAGACGAGCUAUACUCAGAUGAACUAUACUCAGAUGAACUAUACUCAGAUGAACUAUACUCCGAUGAACUAUACUCAGAUGAACUAUAUUCAGAUGAACUAUACUCAGAUGAACUAUACUCAGAUGAACUAUACUCAGAUGAGCUAUACUCAGAUGAACUAUACUCAGAUGAACUAUACUCAGAUAAACUAUACUCCGAUGAACUAUACUCAGAUGAACUAUAUUCAAUCAGAUAACGGACGUAUCAUUGUGACGGGUGGUCUAUGGCCGUGGCUCGUCCUGGAUCAUAGAGACAGCGAGUACAAUAACUAA